CUGUAGAGGAAGUCACCGGCCGCAGAGAGGGUCACCGGCUGUAGAGGAAGUCACCGGCUGUAGAGGAAGUCACCGGCCACAGAGAGGGUCACCGGCUGUAGAGGAAGUCACCGGCCACAGAGAGGGUCACCGGCUGUAGAGGAAGUCACCGGCCACAGAGAGGGUCACCGACUGUAGAGGAAGUCACCGGCCACAGAGGGAGUCACCGACCACAGAGGGAGUCACUGGCCACAGAGAGGGUCACCGGCUGUAGAGGAAGUCACCGGCCACAGAGAGCGUCACCGGCUGUAGAGGAAGUCACCGACCACAGAGAGGGUCACCGGCCACAGAGAGGGUCACUGUCUUUCGAGGAAGUCACCGGCCACAGAGGGAGUCACCGGCCACAGAGAGGGUCACUGGCUGUAGAGGAAAUCACGGCCACAAAAGGAGUCUCCGACCACAGAGGGAGUCACCAACCAUAGACAGGGUCACAGGUUGUAAAGGAAGUCACCGACCAUAGAGAGGGUCACUGGUUGUAAAGAAAGUCACCGGCCACAGAAGAAGCCACUGACUAUAGAGGUGGUCACCAGCUGUAGGAGAAGUCACUGGCCACAGAAGGAGUCACCGACCAUAGAGAGGGUCACCGGCUGCAGGGGGAGUCACCCACUAUAGAGGUAGUCAUCGGUCACAGAGGGAGUCACUGGCCAUAAAGGUGGUCAACGACCAUAGAGGGACCCAGGAAUAAGUCAUUAUGGCUGAAGAACAGUCUUACUAUGAAGAUAAGAUCUCUAAAGACAUUCUCACCAAGGAGAUUGACCUGGUGGACAGAGACCCAAAGAAGAUAAACGAGGAUGUGGUCAAGUUGGACUUUGAAGAUGUGAUCGCUGAGCCGUAUGGGACUCACAGCUUUGAUGGCGUCUGGAAAGCCAGUUACGCCACCUUCACCGUCACCAAGUACUGGUGUUACCGGCUGCUCUCUGCCCUCAUCGGCAUACCCCUCGCCAUAAUUUGGGGCGUCCUCUUUGCUCUCAUCUCCUUUUGUCACAUCUGGGCGGUGGUUCCAUGCGUUAAGAGCUACCUCAUAGAGAUCCAGUGCGCCGGUCGGAUAUUCUCCCUCUGCGUCCGCACCUUCUGUGACCCCUUCUAUGAAGCCAUAGGUAAAGUCUUCGGCGCCAUCAAAGUAACUCUGCAAAAACAGGGUUGAGGGGUCCCCGAAUGUCAGGACCUCCAGCCCAGCACCAUACACCCCUCAGCACAGCAGUGGAACAUUCUCAUUCUGUAUCUUUCCAUUUCUUCCAUUAUUUGAUGUUUCUUUUGUCUACGACCAAUUACAAUGUAACAACCUGCAUCCUGUACAUUUCCUUUAUAAAGGCUUCUGCAGUUUUAUGUAAUUCAA